GCAUUUCCCCGAACUCAAAUAAAUGCACGCGGUGAACUCCCCGUGAGUCAUUUUGAAUCCAAAAACUAGGGCUCGCCGCGGCCCUCCAUUCCGUUCGGAUUCACCGCUAGGGUUUUGAAGAGAAACCCUAGCGCGAUCUAAAUCCAAUCCCAACCUCUCGAUCUCCAUCUCGAUCUCUUUCCAUGGCGGACGAAGCAGCGGCGGCAGCGGCGGCGGCGGCGGCGGCCGCGGGAGGAUCGUCUUCCUCGGCGGCGGCGGUGGUGGGGAUCACGGUAAUCCCGAUCGUGAACAAGCUCCAGGACAUCUUCGCGCAGCUGGGGAGCUCGUCGACGAUCGACCUACCCCAGGUGGCGGUGGUGGGGAGCCAGAGCAGCGGCAAGUCCAGUGUGCUCGAGGCGCUCGUCGGCCGCGACUUCCUCCCCCGUGGCUCCGACAUCUGCACGCGCCGCCCCCUCGUGCUCCAGCUCGUCCACUCCCCGCGGCGCCCCGAUGCUUCGGCCGGGGAGGGGGACGAGUGGGGGGAGUUCUUACAUAUCCCCGGAAGGAGGUUCUACGACUUCGGAGAGAUCCGCAGGGAGAUCCAGGCUGAGACAGAUAGGGAAGCGGGAGGAAAUAAGGGUAUAUCAGACAAACAAAUCCGCUUGAAGAUUUUUUCUCCAAAUGUUCUGAAUAUCACAUUGGUUGAUCUGCCGGGAAUAACCAAAGUGCCGGUCGGUGACCAACCAAGCGACAUUGAGGCAAGAAUUAGAACACUGAUCUUGUCAUACAUCAAGCACAAGACUUGCAUCAUAUUAGCAGUUUCACCUGCAAAUGCAGAUUUAGCAAAUUCCGAUGCUCUUCAGAUGGCAAGAGUUGCCGAUCCAGAUGGCUCUCGAACAAUUGGGGUUAUCACGAAGUUGGAUAUAAUGGACAGAGGGACUGAUGCACGUGACUUUUUGCUGGGAAAAGUGAUCCCCUUACGACUUGGUUAUGUUGGUGUUGUGAAUCGCAGCCAACAGGACAUCAACUUAAAUCGUAGUAUCAAGGACGCUCUGGCCUAUGAAGAGAACUUCUUCCGGAAUCAGCCUGUAUAUCACGGUCUCUCUCAUUGUUGUGGGGUUCCCCAAUUAGCCAAGAAAUUAAACCAGAUUUUGGUGCAACAUAUUAGGACAGUUCUUCCUGGUUUGAAGUCUCGUAUAAGCGCUCAAUUGACAUCUGUAGCGAAGGAGCUUGCUGCCUAUGGUGAUGUAGUGGAAUCAAAGGCUGGGAUGGGUGCAAAACUCUUGAACAUUCUUGCUAAAUACUGUGAAGCUUUUUCUUCUUUGGUGGAUGGGAAAAAUGAAGAAUUAUCAACAGUCGAGCUUUCCGGUGGAGCACGAAUUCACUAUAUUUUCCAGUCUAUCUUUGUGAAAAGUCUAGAGGAAGUUGAUCCUUGUGAUGACAUCACUGAUGAAGAUAUCCGUAUGGCCAUUCAAAAUGCAACGGGCCCUCGGAGUGCUUUGUUUGUGCCACAGGUGCCAUUUGAAGUCCUUGUUCGCAAGCAAAUAGGCCGUCUGGUUGACCCGAGCCUGCAAUGUGCAAAAUUCAUUUAUGAUGAACUGAUUAAGAUGAGUCACCGCUGCUUAGCCAGUGAGCUACAGCAGUUUCCUGUUCUCCGGAGAUGUAUGGAUGACGUAAUUGGUAAAUUCUUAAGAGAAGGACUUCAACCUGCUGAAGCAAUGAUAACUCAUAUUAUUGAGAUGGAGAUGGAUUACAUAAAUACUGCUCAUCCAAAUUUCAUUGGGGGAAGUAAGGUUGUUGAGCUGGCUCAACAGCAAGUUAAAUCUGCUAGAUUAUCAGCUACAGUUCCCAAAACAAAGGAUGGUCCAGACUCUGAUAAGUUACAAGCAUCGGAAAAGAGUCUAAAACCUCGAGCUAUCCUGGGCAGAACCGUCGCAAAUGGAGUAGUUUCUGAUUCGUCUCAGGUAGUUCGACCUGGUGUUGAUUCUGAGAGAUCAAGCACAUCUGUAGGAAGUUCAAAUGGAUCAAGUUGGGGUAUUUCAUCAAUUUUUGGCACUAGUGAGGACCGAACACCUGCAAAAGAGAGUUUCGUGAACAAAUCUUAUAAUCCAUCUUAUAAUCCACCUGUUCACAACAUGGAAUAUCCCCUUUCUAUCAUCCAGUUAAGAGAGCCACCAGUCAUCUUAAAGCCCUCAGAGAGUCAGACUGAGCAGGAGGCGUUGGAAAUAGCUAUCACCAAAUUAUUAUUAAAAUCGUAUUAUGAUAUUGUUAGGAAAAAUAUUGAGGAUUCUGUUCCAAAAGCGAUUAUGCAUUUCCUGGUCAAUCACACAAAAAGAGAGCUGCAUAAUGUUUUUAUUACCACUCUUUACAGGGAAAACCUCUUUGAAGAGAUGCUGAAAGAACCCGAUGAAGUAUCUGUGAAAAGGAAACGCAUACGAGAAACACUCAAAGUUUUGCAGCAGGCUUAUAGGACAUUGGAUGAGAUUCCGAUCGAAGCAGAUUCAGUCGAGAAGGGCUAUACGCUGGAGAGUGAUUCCAUGGGCCUCCCAAAGGUCCAUGGGCUUCCUUCAUCAUUCUAUGCCAAUAAUGGUGCAAGCUCGCCAUAUACGGGCUCCCCUAAGAAUCCGAGAUCCAGGAAGUCUGCCCACUCGGGAGAGCAACCUGCGUACUCAUACGUAAAUUCCGAUUCCAAUGGCUUGGGCUCGUACCCUGUUGUUGGCUCUUGAUAUCAUCAAUGUCUGAGUUAAAUGUUCUCACUAGUGCUUCAUGUACAGUAAAUGUAUUACAUUCCUAUUAUUUCAUGACUACUCUCGUUUCUAGUUUUCUUGCGAGAGAAACUUCCCAUUUUGGCGUGAUAAAAAAUGAAAAAGUUAUAUUUUUUUUGCGAGUAUUAUCGCGAAGGACGGUAAGGCUGGGGAUGUGUAGAAGUUCUAUGCUGCAACAUUCCGAUGUUUGCCAUAUUUUUUGUAGUGAAAGACCAUGUAAGCUUUCAUGGUUGUCCAAGAUGAAUGUAAUUCUUUUUGUUUUCAAUCACAAAUAAGAUAAGAUUGCAAUCAUCUAUGCUUCUUGUUGAA